AUGCCUGCCUUAUCCUUAAUUCUGAUUCAGCAGUCUGAGGAGCUCAGCUUGAGAUAUGAUGAUAGCUGCGGUCGCACUGGUUGUGGUUAUUCUUCUGGGCAUGCAAAAAAAGUUGAUUCAAAUGUUACAUAUGAUAAGCCAGCCAGAGUGUACACUAAAGCUGAAGUCUCUUUGCAUAAUAAGAGAACAGAUUGUUGGGUAAUUAUCAAAGACAAGGUAUAUGAUGUUACCUCAUAUGUAGAGGAGCACCCAGGUGGUGAUGCCAUCUUAGAUCAUGCCGGGGAUGACUCAACUGAAGGGUUUUUCGGGCCGCAGCAUGCUACCCGAGUGUUUGACAUGAUUAACGACUUUUAUAUCGGUGAUCUGAAGCUGUGA